AUGACACACGGUCAGAAUACUAAUCAACAGUUACGAGAAAUGAAUGAGUCAAUAUUGACUCAUUUAUUUCUUCCAUAUCACCUACCUUCAUCGUCAGAUGCAGAUUUCUGUCUUCAAUCGAAUCAUCGAUAUGAAUAUGUGAUACUCGAAUGUAUGUCGAGGUUUUUAACGUUGUGUACAAUCGACAAUGAUCAGAUCAUCUCGCCUAUAAUCGAAACUUUAAUCACUUGCACACAACGAUGGCAUUUGCUACAGAAAAAUCUUUCAAUAACGAAUCUCAAAUCGGCAAUUGAGCAAUUACACCCCAGUGAUUUCCUUCCAUUAUAUUUUCAUGCCCAAAAUGCUGCCAUUCUGAUUGAGAUCGAUGAAAAUAAUGAUCAUCAACCGUUAAUAUCGUCUUGGCAAGUCUCAUUACCAACUGAGAAAAUUAGUUCGUCGCUGCAGUCUCAUCAAGCUUGUUUUCCGGUGAAUAUUUACCGUCUUUCCGAUCGUUCUUGCCUCACUUCGACCGCUCAUUGUGAAUUACUACUCGAUUUCAUGAAAAAUCCAAUUGAAUACUCGAAAUCCUACAAAAUCUCUCGUGACGUUCCUUUCUCUCAUUAUGUUACACAAUGGUACAUCCAACAAUUUCCAAACGUUAUAUUAGAUGAUAGCUGCAAGCAUACGACUGAAUUUACGAAGAAAUCUCGUGAUCAAAUUCGAUGGAAUAAUGGUGCAUUACCUUUCCGACGCUCAGGUCUAUGGCUGACGAUGAAAGUUGUAUUCGAAACGAUCUUAACAAAACGUUUGGGAAAAGCUGGAAUUCUUGUUUACAAACUAUUGAUAACACAUUUUUUAACUGAUAUGAUUUACACCAAAGAGUCAUCGAUGGAUUUGCUUGUUCAUGCUAUACGAAAAAUUCUUCGUCGACUGAAUAAAAUCGAUCGACUGUUAGCCAACACAGAUUCAACUGAUAUUAACGAAUGGAUUCGAUUUAUUAAAUGUGCGAUACAAAAGAAGAUUGAUGACAUCGUUCCGAAGCUCGAUUGGCAGACAUCGAUUCAGCACGAAGAACAACAAAAGAACGAAAGAUUAACUCUGGAUUUUAAUCUUAACAAUCCUGACCUUUAUCGGCAUUCGUGUGAGAAAGUGAAAUCUUAUUUAACUGAUAAUGACAACUCGAGAAUUUGCAAGAGAGCUGCAUCUACUGCCUAUCGAAUUCCUGAUUCUAUUGAGUUUGAUCAAGCACCUUCUUUCAAUGUCCUAACCAAUCAAUUCAGAUACUCUAGUGAGAUUGCAUUGAUUCACAUGGAACUUUGGAUAAAUUUUUGGUGUGAACAGUGGGCUGAUCGACCAUCAGGACGCAACCCGGAGACGUUCGAGAUGUUGUCUCGAUUCUACGCCGAUUAUCAAACUUCCGCAUUGAAUUUUUACCAUUCGAAGCAAAUAUCAACGGACCCGCUGGGUUAUACUCGAUUUCUCCUUACAUCGUUAACAAUUAUUCGUGCAAUGCAUAAAAAGUUAUGUCAAGACAAACGAUUCGAACGCUUACAACAUCAUCGUAUCGAAAUUCCAAAUCUCCUCGAACUUCUUCAAUAUUUCAUCUUACCUACAUAUGAUGAUAUGACCUAUGCUCGUGAUCUUUACGAUUAUUUUAGUAGAUUCACUGACAAGUCCAAUCCUGAUCUUUUGGAAAACAUCACCGAAGAAAACAGUUUCGGUGUUCAUUUUGCUGCGAAUUCGAGCAAGAUUACGAAAUAUCUACGUAAUCUACAAACACAAGUUGAACAAGAUAGAAAUGCAAAGAUUCAAGAAGUACGCACGGCGAAAGACAAAUACAAUCGAUUGAUGAAUUCCAUCAGUUAUUUGUCAUGUACAUGCAGUAGUGCGUCCAAUGAGACCUUAUGUCGCCGAUGUCGUAUUGAAGAACAGGCGGAAAAUAUCAUCGUCGAAAUUUACGAAUGUCCAAUUCCAUCGGACCAAGCCAGUGCAUUAGCGAUUCUGUUCGAAUUACGGAUGCCAGUGGAAAUUCGGUAUUAUCGUGAUGUUCUUUGGCAAUUUAUCAAUCGUUCUCGAUACAAACAGGAUAAUCGCAUGUAUGAAUGGUUGAGAGUACGUCCUCAUUGCGAACGAUUAGAACCGUUGUUUACUGGUCCAAAGGAUUAUAAAGUAAAACUAGUGUCAUCAAAUAAUUCCCUAACACAAACUCAUACUGCUGACUUGUGCAUUGCCACAGCACCGAUCGAAGAUUUUCUCUAUGCAAAUAGUUUACAAAUACAGUUAACACCGAGUCGAUCGCCAAAAUUCGAAGAUGAAUGUCGAAUGUUGACUCCGCAACUGGAACAGUCGGACUAUAAACAGCUGCAAUACGCAAUUCAAUCAACUGAGUCUGUGCAAAAUCAAAUUCUUGGCGAUCUCUCACAAAUCCAAACGAAAUUCAAAUCUCAACAAUUCAUCGAGUACGGUUCAUUCCGUUCAGGUCAUCGCUUACAAUGGUGGAAUCUAUUAUCAAUCUUAGAAAUGGAUUCUUUAUCAUUGAAUGAAGAGAGCGUUGCAACCUUGAUUAUUCAUACGAUUUUACAAUACGGUCCGUUCUCCGACAGUGUGUCAUGGUGUGCAGAAUCGCAUCAAGUUCUAUUCGAUGACAACUUUGUUGAUGAAUUAAUUCUACGGUUGAAUCGCCAUUUAGAUGAUUGUGCGUUGAAUUGGCAAAAUGAAUUCGUGUUGAUUACAGUUACAAUGAUUACAAUGAGAGUUUUAACAUUAUGCAAUUCGAGUCGAGAGCAGAAAGUCAUGGAUUUAGUGCUGAAAUGUCGCCGCUUAGGUGAACAAUGGAUCAAGUUAAUUUCAUCGGCUAUUCAAACAAUCUCCUCAACGGAUUUGAUUGAAGUGGAGAAACUUCGUGGAAAUAUCGUGACAAUUGGUGUGGCCUGUUUAUUAACCUAUUCGGUUCAUUCCAAUCGAUUGCAUCGUGUAUUAUCAACGAAUGAUCAUAUGCUUUCGUUAUUGAAAGCAAUGGCUAACGUUCACGAUAAUCUGGUCUCUAACAAGAAGCAAACGUCAAUGAGCGAGAUCAUGAAAUAUUUACUUCGAUUGACUGAUCGUGUACUAGUGCAGAUUCAACCAACAAUUGCUUUAUUUCUUCAGCAAUCAUCGUAUCAAAGUCUGGACGAUUUUGCUAUAAUCUAUUGGUCAGUCAUUCGACAUGAGGAAGAAAUCGAUGCUAAAUGGAAGAAACGCCAUUCGAACGAGUAUGACGGAUGGUACGACGGUCAAUAUGAAUCUACAAUCUUAUCCAUUGAUUGUCUUAGUGGAAGAUUUCUUGUUAACGGAAUGACUGUUGGUUAUUUACCUGAGAAAAUCAUUUCCAACGAAUUGUAUCUUCGUGUUUUCGAUCGGUAUAUUUUCCAAGUACAAAUUUCCGAUUCAUCGAAUACUUACAUAGCCAAGUAUAGUUAUCAUGACGAUGGGCAAGUUCUAUAUGAAUUUUAUCAUGAUGACCAAUACAAUCAGUUAAUUAUAUACGAGCGGCAUUUGAAGACGAAUGAACUGUUCGAAUUAAUACCUUCGAGUUGUUUAACAAUAGAUUUACCUGUUCGAUUCAUUUCGGAAUACAGCCAUUGGAAAAAUACGAAAACGAAUAUCAUCGAAUUUCGAGCCGUUCAUUUCAAAGAUCCGAAUUUUCUUACUUAUNGCUUGAAGAACAACAAAAGAACGAAAGAUUAA